CAGACUUCAGGGAUGUUGCUUCUUUAUGCUCUUACCCUGGCACAGUGUUUUGUAAGACACUGCUUGUCAAUGACAAGCUUGGAAGAGUGUUUGCGGCUCAUGUGACGAUUCUGUUUUCUUUUAGUUCCAUGGACCAAACAGAGAGAAGAAUCCUAGGCCAGCCCCUGCCAGUCCCCACCACCCAGCCCAAGAAGAGAAGGACGUCAAUGAUGUCUUUCUUUUCCAAGGUCUCUUGGACACUGAGGUUCCAGAAGCAGGAGUCUCUGAAGAACGUGUUUUCCAUCUUGGCAGAAAGAGCCCAGGACCCCAGUGCUAAAAAGCGUCACAUGGUGAUGAGAGGCCUGGGAACCAUGGCCUGUGAGACCCCUGACAAGGUGAUAAAGUAUAAGAAAAUCAUCCUAGACCUGCUGGUGCAUGGAUUAUAUGACCCUGUGAGUGCUGAAGUCAUCCACGAGAGCGUGAAGACUCUGACCAUCAUCUUGGGCAAGAUCCAGGGGAAAAGUCUGGGUUCUUUCUUCGUAGACAUCACUCUUCAGACCAGGACUUUAUUAGAUGACGAGAAUGACAACCUGAGAUAUUCAGCCUUCAUCUUGUUUGGGCAAUUGGCAGCCUUCGCUGGGCGGAAAUGGAAGACAUUUUUCACCAGCCAGGUCAAGCAGACUCAAGAUUCCCUCCUGAUACAUUUACAGGACAGAAAUCCCCAGGUUGCUAAGGCUUGCAAAACAACAUUUCGAUCCUGUUCUCCGUAUCUGAGAGAAAGAAAGGAAAACAGCUUCCAGACUGAAGAAGAUCAAAGGAACCCUAAACUCUGCCGGCAGCUGAGCCACUAUCAUCCAGAGCUCCUGCAGUUCUUCUAUGCAAAUAAGAUUCUGUAAACACAGAGCAGCAGGGAAAUUGUUCCAGUGAGCACCUUGCUGGGGGGCUGACAUUCCUCCUCUUUUAACUCCUCGGAUGCUUCUGCUUGCCUCUUGGGAUUGUAAUAGAAAACGGGAUGCUGGGAAAACUAUUGAUGGCAAUUGCAUGGAAUUGUAUGAUUCUAUCCAGAGUAAAUUCUAAAUUGCUUUUAUGUAUCUCACUUCCCCCCCCCAUACAAAUUUGAUGAGAAGGUACCCGCUUUGUUUCAAACAGUGAAAGCAUAUGUAGAUUCAGUCUUAGUGCCCAGCUUUUUCCUUCUUAAGUUCAUCUCUGUCAUCUCUCUUGUGUUUUUUUAUUUUAUUUUUAAUUUCUGAGGUUUAGGAGAAUAUUACCUUAAGUAUUUUUUUUAAUCUGCCAUUGAUACUUUGCAAUUUGUUGUGGACACCUUUUAUUGGCAAGAUCUAUUUAAAGUUGGCCCGGGGACCAAGAAGGGGGUUUGGAGAGUAUCUUUAGCUUCUCAUAACCUUCAACAGUCAUUGCCUCCAAGAUCAUUCCAAACACCAAUUAAUAAAGUGGAAAAAAAAAUCUGUAAAGGAUGUGUUGAAAAACCUCAGGCUAAUAGUAAUGAAUGUAUAAGUAACAUUUAUGGAGCAUGUUUAUUGGACACUAAUUAUUUAAUACUUACAACAACCCUGUGAGAAAGGUCUAUUGUUAUCCUCAUUUUCCAGAUGAGAAAACUAAGGCACAGGGAAAUUAAGUAGCUUGCCCCAGAUGACCUGGUUAGUAAUGGAGCCGGAAUUCAAGCCCGUACCAUCUGACUUCUGGACCCCACAUUCAAUCACCAUGUGAUUCUGCGUCAAUGUGGAAUAAUUGACAGAUGGCUAGAAACGUGAAAAAAACAAAACAAAACAAAUUUUAAAAACCCCCUCAGCUUCUGCUCUAUUUAACUCAGUUAACUUCUGCUUUUAUAUGUACUAAGUACACAUUUUUAUUAAUUUAAUUUGUGAUUUAAGUAUACAUUUUUACUUGUCACCUCUUGGCUAAUUAUGUCAAUUUUUUGGUGAUCAAUUCUAAUUCUAUGAGGGGUCACGUGGCUUAUUUAAAAAGUUUCAAGAAAAACCUCAGUCCCUCCCACCUUCUCUCCAACCAGUUUGCCUCCCAAGCUUCUCCUAUAGAAAUUCUGAUAUUAUCACCCAACUUGGCAUUCAGGCCAUAUAAGACGACUGCGUCCAGUUGGGGAAAUGGAAAACACAAGAGGGUCAUAAAUGCUGCAGAGGGAUCUUAAUGUCGUUCUGAAAACCGGAAACUCAGUCUUCUGCUCUAGCUCCCCCAAGAUAGGACUGUGUAACACAGAAGAGAGGUGUCUCCUAGGGGAGACAAGAAUGUGGCAGAUGGCAGAAGAGGGAGCAGGAGCCAGACACGAAUGGGUUUUCUUUCUUCCUGUGUUGAAGCUGGGGUACGUGACCCAGAGGCUCUUGGGAGUGACAAAGGCUCUGGAGCAGGUGGGAUGGUUCUGAGCUGAGAGCCCUCGCCCUUCCCAGAUGUUGGCCAGUUUGAAACGGUUGCAAGGUCCCUUUAGAAGCUGAUGCAGCUCUAUUAAGUAAUCAGUGAGUGGCCUGAGAAACAAUUGCAUUUUGCCAGCAUUCAGAAAAGGUGGAGGUGGAGUGGGGCAGGCAGGUUCUGUGCCCUAGAGUAGAGACAUCUAUGGACUUAAUGCCCCUUAGUUGAAUAAAAUUGUGGAAGAUGCUAUUGAAUUGACUUGAAGAUUUGUGGUAGACUCUUACUUGGGUGGCCUCCAAUGAAUCAUGCCUCCUGGUCUUCAUGCCCUUGUAGACCUCUCUUGUUGCAUCUGGGCUGGCUUCGUGACCCACUUUCACCAGGAGAAUGUGCAGAAAAUACCACUCUGCCAAUUUUAGGCUGCUCUUUAAGAGCCCUGGCAGCUUCCUUUUUUGUGCUCCAGGUGAAGCCAGCAGCCAUGUAAGAAGCCAGAUUACCAAAGAAGAAUGUCUGAGACCGCCAUUUUGGAGGGAAGACCAAGCUAACUGUGUGGAAUGCCAUGUGAGGAGAGCUGAAGAACCCAAUUCUCAAUGAAGUCUGAGGUCCAGACAUGUGACCCAAGUUGGCGGUUCCAGCCAGACCCUGGCUGUGCAAGCAACGCAGCCGGCACCAGCUAUCUCCAUGAAGCCCAUCCCAAAUCGCAAAAUUGUAAGCAAGUUGAUCUAAUGACUGUUGUUUUAAAUCACUAACUUCUGGGAUAGUUCGUCACUCAGCAAUAAAUAACCAAAAGAUGGUCCUUAUCAUUAAUUUUGUCAUUUGGCCAGUUUUGUUUUGCUCUUCAUAAGUCCUCUUUGAGUUUAAACUAUAUUUCAAGAAAGUUAUCAUGGAAUUGCGUGGUAAGAGUGAGGGAUGCCUUGCUUUGGUACCAUAGGCCCUGCCUUGUUUUCCUUUUUGUAUCUCGCUGUGUGUAUCACAGCACCCAGCACAUAGCAGAUGAUCAAGAAACAUUUGCUGAAUGACUAAAUAGUUGCAAAUUAUAGUGGGAACAGAGUCCAAACUCGUUUGCUACUCUGGGCUCUCAGCCAUGGGCUCACACUCUUCCUUUCCAGCUUUUUCUUCUGUUACUCUUUUUGCUUUAGCCAAAUUUGGCUCCUCUUUCUUCUUUGAACACUUCUUGGUCUCUUAGGCUCCUUUGCCUUUGCUCAGUCUGUUCCUUUUGCUUUGAAUUCCCUCCCCGCCCAGCCAUGCGUACUCACAGGCACACCCACACACAUAUUGCACCUGUCUCUUAUCCGUACUCUAAGACUCAUCAGUGCCUGAUGCCCUCAAUCAGGAAAGAGCUCGAAUCUCUGAGUUCUCUGAACAUUCUAGCAGUCUCUUGCCACUCAACAUGUUUUAUCUCAUAUGAAAAUUUUUACCUACAUGUCUUUUUCCUCCCUGGUUCGAGUGAAGCCGCUGAAGGAAGGAUCCUAUCUCGUAUUGCUUUGUAUCUGUCAUGUGAUCUCCAAGGUAUUCAGUAAGUGCUUAGUAAAUAAAUAUGGACUAGGGAGAAAAAAGUCAGAAAUCAUCUGAAGCUACUCCUCCUUGGGAGAAGCCCAUUUUGUCAAAUGAGGGCCAUCAUUUCUUUCCUUUUAAUCAAUCUGCAGGUGACUUUUAGGCUUGUGUACUUAAAGUAUCCCUUUCCUCAUAAGAUGCCUGUUAAUUUGCCAUUCUAAAGGUAAUGCUUUGACAUUUCUUACUUUUAAACACUAGAUAUGAACAGUUGAGUGAAUUAAAGACUGAAAAAGGAACGUUCAAGUGCUACCAUGCUAAGUGCUCAGGGUAGAGGCCCGCAUGAAACUCGGUCCCUGCUUUCCAGUUGCCCACAUGAUGGGCUUUUCUUAAAGGGAAGGAAAAUGGAGGGAAAGACAAAGAAGGAAGUUGAGAAUCUGACAGGUAGGUAAUCAGUACCGGUACUCGCUGUGAACAGAAUCCAGUGGAAUUCCAGUCCAUAGAGUUGAGUUAUAAAAAGCAAGAGCGUGUUUUACAAAGAGAGAAAUAGCAGCUGUGUGGGACAGCUAGCAGAUAGUGCUAGAAAUAAGGCAAAUAUGUAUUUGUGCUUUCCUGCAUUUUUCAAGUUUUCUGCAAUAAGCAUGUAUUACUUUUGCAAUCAUAGAACACAUGCAAAAAUGCUCUUUCAAAUAAAAAUGAAAUGUUCAUUGGUGUGUGGAGUGGUGUGCUUUGGAAAGCCUGGGAUGGUUAUUGCUCACUCUCGGUAGUAUGUGUUUGCCUUUGUCCUUUUGUGACAUUUUUGCUUUAGCCUAUUGUUGAAAAUAAAAUGACUUAUGGUUGAUUCAGUAUUUAUGCUACUGAAUUUACAUUCUUUUCGUAUGACCAUAGUAGAAUAAGUCUUUUGUUCCUGUAUUU